AAUACGACGAUACAAGGAAGAAUGUCCGCUCCACGAUUACCACCGCUCCCGUCGAUCAGAAACAUAUUAAAGAUAUACCGCUUGAACGCGGUGAAGCGUUUGUCUCAAAAUUUCCUGUUGGACCAAAACAUAUGCGACAAGAUCGUACGGAAGGCGGGGAAUCUCGCCAAUAGUCAUGUGUUGGAAGUCGGUCCCGGUCCGGGUGGACUCACUCGAUCCAUCAUGAAGCAGCUCCCGCAGCGUAUAGUGGUCGUGGAAAAGGAUCAGAGAUUCGAGCCGACCUUGAAUAUGCUGGCGGACUCGUUCAAGGUGGUCAACAAGCCGAUGGAUAUAAUAUUCGACGAUAUCAAAAGGAUGCGCAUGGAGAACUUAUUCCCGAAAGAGAAAAAGAUGGACUGGGAUGGCAAGUCUCCGGAGAUCUUCCUCAUAGGCAAUUUGCCGUUUAGCGUGUCGACGCACCUCAUCAUCGAAUGGCUGCACGCGAUCGCCGAGCGCCGGGAUGCCUGGGCGUUCGGCAGGACGAAAAUGACAUUGACGUUUCAGAAGGAAGUGGCGGAACGUCUGAUCGCACCGGAGUCGAGCGCACAACGGUGCAGGCUGUCGGUAAUGGCGCAGGCCUGGACCUUCCCGGUGCUCCGUUUCAUCAUACCUGGUCGCAAUUUCGUCCCGAAGCCGGACGUGGACGUGGGAGUGGUGUCGUUCACGCCGUUGGUGAAGCCGCGCACGCAGCACGACUUCAAAUUCUUCGAGAAGAUCACCAGGCACGUGUUCAGCUUCAGACAGAAACACAGCGUACGAUGCGUCGAGACUCUCUUCCCGUUGUACUGCCGCAAAGAAUUGGCCUUGAUGAUGUACAAAUUAGCCGAUCUGAACCCGGACACCAAGCCCACGCAACUCUCUGUGGUAGACAUCGACAGACUAGCUACUGCUUACAAGUAUCUCAUUGAGAAGCAUCCGGAGCUCGAAACGUACAAUUAUCGCUCGUCUCGACGCGUACUACCAAUAACGAAGACGCAAGACGUCGUGGUCGAGGACUACACGGAGAUGUGAAGAGGAACAAGCGAGUUGUCCCAGACUGGUGGUUUAUACACUCGAGUACACGCGUGUUAUAUCACUUUUAUUAAAUCGCAGCAUUGUGUAAUGGAGCAAAUUAAUUCGUUACAAUGAAUUUUUCCGGUUAGAACUGUUGGACGUGUGAGGACGUCUGUAAAUAUACAUUUAUAUACAUACACGUAUGGCUUAGCGCUUAAAUAAAAAGUAUCGUACAAUGUACACAUUCGUAGUUUGCGGGUGUGUUAGGAGUGGUAAAAUAAAAUACUGUUAAUCA